AGAGACGUUCACCUUGUCGAGGCGCGAUAGGGAUCAGACGCCUUCCAAUGGAGUGUGUGUGAUCCAUAUACCUGUUGCACCGCGGAAGGUAGCUGUCUGUAGUGCAGACUCCAACCAUGGCUCGAAGUCUGAGGUGGCUGUUCUUCGGAGUCCUGUCCUUCUCCUGUUCGACUCUUCCCUGCAUCGGAUUUAACCUCGAUGAAAGGUUUCCCGUCAUUAAGGAGGGCAAAACCAGUGGAAGCUUUUUCGGAUUUUCUGUCGCCCUCCAUAAACAGACGGUCGGAUCCCAGAAAUACCUGCUCCUCGUGGGAGCCCCCAAGGAGAAGGCUGAAAACCUGAAGAACGUCAAUGAAACGGGCGCUGUCUACUUCUGUCCCAUUACCACGGUGACGACCGACUGUUCCCGGGUGGAUUUCAAGAGUACACAGACACCAUUAGAAAAGGAUGAUCAGUCAGAGAUGGUGGAGGGCAUGUGGCUGGGGGUGACCGUGGCCAGCCAGAAAGACCUCCCCGAUGGCCGCAUGCUGGCAUGCGGCCAUCGAUACGUCAAGUUGUACCCGGGAGGGAGCGAGAAGCAGCGGCGCAUGGUGGGCAAGUGCUACGUGAGGGGCAACGACCUGACCUACGACCCCAACGACCUGUGGCAGAAUAACCAAUACGAGUUCUGCAACCCCGCCUUCAACAAGGAUCUGGAGGGCAUGUGCAACUUGGGCAUCUCCGGGGGCAUCACGAGCAGCGACGUCUACAUUGGCUCGCCCGGGAGCUUCAACUGGCAAGGAAAUGUUCACAUCACGUGGAGAAAUCCAGACCCCAAUAGCGCCUGGGACUCCGACGACAAGCAAUUUGGUCCUCUGAAAAAGACCUACAACAACUACAUGGGUUACUCGGUCCUCCAAGACAAGAAGCUUCUGAGUCGUGACACCUACACCUUGGUGACGGGGUCUCCGAGGGACGAGUCCAAGGGCUCGGUGACACUGGCCUCGACCAACAACAAAAUCCUGCCGCAGCUUCUGGUCAUCCCCGGGCAGCAAGUGGGCUCGUACUUUGGGAACAGCUUGGCCAUCACAGACCUCAACAACGACGAUUGGAACGACCUGAUCGUGGGCGCCCCGUUCUACUUCGACCGCUCCAAAGACCACGGCGGGGCGGUCUACGUCUACAUGAACGAGAACGGGUCGUUCCGGAAGGAGCCCAGCAUGGUGCUGAAGGGGCCCGUCAGCUCCGCCUUUGGCUUCGCACUCGCCGCCAUCGGAGACGUCGACCAAGAUGGAUUCCAAGACUUUGCUGUAGGAGCCCCAUUCCACGAGACGGGGAAGGUCUACAUAUGGAUGGGAAGUAAUGAGGGGAUUACAGAAAAGUACAGCCAGGUUAUUGAGGGAAAAUCGGUAGGCGAUGGGAACUUCAAGACCUUUGGCUACUCGCUGAACGGAGGAAUGGACUUGGAUGACAACAGCUACCCAGACCUCCUGGUCGGAUCCAUGGACGACCGCAUUGCACUGCUCAGAACCAGACCAGUCAUCCACCUAUCUAAGGAAUUCACUGUGCAGCCGAAGAUUGUCGAUCCCACUAAGUGUAAUAACAAUGGCAAGGCCUGUAUUAGAGCGAAGGUGUGUUUCUCCUACACUCUAAGCAACGGGAACAAAGGCUUACAGAAAGAAGUUGUGGUGAGGUACACCAUAGAGGCCGACAUGGACAGGUGGAAGACCGCACGAGUUUACUUCCGCAGCACCAAAAAUGCAACCUACACAGGCUCCAUCUCCCUGAGCUCCCCUGACCAGAAGUGUCAGAAACUGGAGCUCAAUGUGAUCACGACGGUGAGGGACAAGCUGGACCCCGUGGUGUUCGAGCUCACCAUGGCGCUGCAGGAGCUGAAGCCCGACCCGCAGGGGCUGCAGGACCUGGACUCCUUCCCCAUCCUCAGCCAGGAGCAGAAGACCACCCAGAGAGCAGAGUUCCACUUCCAUAAGGAGUGUGGCUCGGACAACAACUGUAACAGCAACCUGCAGCUAACAGCAGAGUACGCUCCUGAGGACACGGAUGAACCUUACCCCAGAAAGGACCUGGACCAGGUGCUGCAGUACGACAGUAACGUGAAGAAGGUGGUGAUCCUGGUGGAGGUGACCAACCUGCCGGGAGAAGGCAAGCUGGCGGAGGACGCCCACGAGGCCAUGCUCAACAUCAGCAUCCCCCAGUCGCUCAGCUACUUCGGCGUCAGGUUCACGGAGGGCCCAAAGGGGGAAUGUAACUCAGAUGGUCAGGACUCUGUGAUCUGCGAGCUGGGGAACCCACUCAGGAGCAAUGAGCGCGUGAAACUGCGGCUCAUUUUCCAGACCAGAGACAUCGACCUGUACACGCGCGAGAUCAAGUCGCUACUGCAGUUGUCAACGCUGAGCCAGCAGAGCGAUAUGUAUCCCGUGGCGGUGGUGCUUCUGGUGGAAAUCUCAAUCCUCACCUCCUUUAACAUAGAGAAGCCGCACGUCCAGGUCUACUCCAGCGGCGAGGUGGUGGGCGAGUCGGCCAUGAAGAAGAGCAGUGACGUGGGCAGCCUGGUGGAGUACACCUUCAACGUGGAGGUGCUGGGACCGAGCGUGGGCACCAUGGGGACGUUGGCCAUUGAGUUUGAAUGGCCGAUUGAGGUGAAGAACGGCAAGUGGCUGCUGUACCUCACCGAGAUCGUGAGCAACAUGAACGGGGCGUCAGAGACACACUGCUUCCCUCCCGGAGAUGUCGUCAACCCCCUUAAGCUCAAUCUGACGGAGGAGAGCAGCAGCCGCAAAAGGAGCAAGAGGCAGACGCUGGUGCUGGGCGACCCCAGGACCCCCUCCGCGGAGCCUCCGGCGGUCGCCACCCUGUUCUCGCCACGCAAAGACACCGUGAUCCUGGACUGUGCCACGGGGACGGCGCGGUGCGUCACCUUCACCUGUCCCCUCGUUGACAUGCAGACCGAGGCCAAGGUCACCGUCCGCUCCCGUGUCUGGAACAGCACCCUGCUAGAGGACUACUCCAAGGUGCUCAGGGUCAAGGUGAAGGGAAAGGCCACCCUCAAACUGAUCACAGACAAGACCACCAUCAAGAUGAAGAGCACCACCGUCGAGUUCUCGGUGGACAUAGACCCCGUGUUCGAUGAGGAGGCCCCGUAUGAAAUCCCCCUCUGGAUCUUCCUGGUGGCAGCUGGAGCCGGGGUUGUCCUUCUGGGAAUCAUCAGCCUCUUACUGUGGAAGUGUGGCUUCUUCAAGAGAGCCAACCAGAGGCAGAUGUACGAGGCCAAGGACCAGAAAGCAGAGAUGAAGAUCCAGCCAUCGGAGACUGAGAAGCUGACCGAAGACUACUGAGACCCCCCCCCCAC